AUGAAAGCCAGGUAUGGCCAUGGAGCACAAAAAGAUGGAAAGGGUGGGCCACAGCUGGAAGGCCCCAGCCACGGUUACAGCGACAGCUGCCGCCAGAAGCCUCUGACGGUGGCCACCGUCGUCAAGGCUGUGUCCGUGCUGGGCGAACCCCACGGCUCCACCUUCGCUUCCAUCCGAAAGUUGCUGCAGCGGGAGUGGGAUCCCAGUCUGACGUCCCGCGAGAUCAAGCAAACGCUGGUCCGUGGAGUCAGCAGCGGCAAGGUGAAGGCUGUCGCGCAUCACUUCUUCUCGAAAGCAACCGUCGGCUCCGACCAUCGGCGAUACAGUCGACAGGUCUCGGGGUCACGCAGGCCAUCUAGAUGUUGCGGACGACGCUCCAGAAGACGGCGGCGGAGGCGUAAGCGAAGGCGAAGGCGAAGGCGAAGGCGAAGGCGACCAAAAGAUGCCAAGAGAUUUAACCAGAACUGGUAG